UCCUGACCAGUUAUCAUGUCAGUGAAAUUGACAUUUGUCUCUCCCAGCGAUGGGGGUGGAAUCAGCAGGAGCUGUUCCUUUGCUGGAUUCAGCACGGUGCAAAGCAGAAAGUUAGCAAAGUCUCUCAGCAGGAAUUCAGUGAGGUCUAAAAUGUCUGUGAAAUCCUCCAAAAUGUAUCCCUCCCUGCAGAGAGGGGCUGUCAUCUGGGAUCCAAAACCACAGCAGGUGAAGAAAAUUUUUGAAGCUUUGAAGAAAGGACUUAAUGAAUACCUGCAAGUGCAUCAGGCUGAGUUGGAUUAUCUGUCUGCUCGACACAAAGAUACAAAAAGGAACUCCAGACUGGCUUUCUAUUAUGAUCUGGAUAAGCAAAUUCGCUCUGUUGAAAGGUAUAUCAGAAAACUGGAAUUUCAUAUAAGCAAGGUAGAAGAACUAUAUGAAACUUACUGCAUCCAAUGCAGGCUGCGAGAUGGGGCCUCUAAUAUGAAACAUGCCUUCUCCUUGACUCCCUCCACCAAAGCCUCCAGAGAGAGCCUGGUAGAACUUUAUAAGAACCUCCAAGAAUGCACAGAGGAUAUGUGUCUGAUUGAAGGGGCACUGGAGGUGCACUUGGGAGAAUUUCACUUGAAAAUGAAAGGAUUGGUGGGCUACGCACGUCUCUGCCCAGGGGACCAGUAUGAGGUAUUUGUGCGACUGGGACGCCAGAAGUGGAAGCUGAAGGGCAAAAUUGAGACGGAUGACAGCCAAACAUGGGAUGAGGAAGAGAAGGUUUUUAUACCCAACCUCCAUGAGAAGUUUGAAAUAAAGGUCACAGAGCUGCGGGGACUGACCACAAUUCUAGUUGGUGUGGUAACGUGUGACAGCAUCGACUUCUUUACAACCAGGCCUCAGGCGAUCAUUGUGGAUAUAACUGAGCUAGGCACCAUCAAGCUACAGCUGGAGGUCGUCUGGAACCCAUUUGACACAGAGAACCUGUUUUUGUCGCCUGGAACUUCUGCCAAGUUUUCUCUGGGUAGUAGGAAAAGCUCCUUAUACAACUGGACUCCGCCAAACACUCCUAGCUUCAGAGAGAAAUAUUAUCUCUCUGUUUUGCAGCAACGAAUGAACCAAGGUGGCAUAAACGAUGAGGCGCGAGCCCCCUGCAUACUGAGCUACUUGGCUGACUGUGACUUCGAUGUGCAUCUAAGGAAUGACAACCACAGCUCUGCAGAGACUGACUCAUUCAGCUCCCAGGAUCGGAAAGGAACAGAAACUAGAAAUGUGACUCCAGCUUCAGACCACAGGACCCUGCCAUUGGUUCUUGUACAGGACACCUGUGCAGAAGGAAGACAACACAAGUCUCCAAACCACACAACUCUAGAUAUCCUUAAAGAGACACCCUCCAUGGAUGGAGCUCCAAAUAGCCCAUCCAGCCCAUGGGACAUUAGCAAAGAUGGCAGAGAUUCCAUCGGCCAGCACUGGAGUCACCAGCCUGUGGAACAAGAAAAUGUCCUGUCUGUUGAUCGGCAAAGCUUGAACACUGAAGAUGACAGAAAACCAGCCGGAAGCGCCAAAGCAGUUGAGAAACUCCUUCAGGAAGUGUUAAAUUUGCUGAAGUCACAGAAUCCAGGGCAAACCCAAUUGGAGGAAUUGGAGUACCAAGUUUUAUGCAUCAGGGACAAAUUAAAGCUGAAGACGUCUCAUCAGAAACAUUCCUCCAUGGAGAGUCUGAUGGUGGAGAUGGUGCUGGAAAGUUUUGACUUUUUAAACACGGACUGCAGUGCUGAUGAGCUUUCCUUAUUUGGAAGCAUAAGGACAGACAGUACCAGCACUUACAAUGACAACAUACUGGGCUAUGACAGGAAAACAGCAACGAAAGAGUUAACCACAGGGAAUGAUGAUUUAGACAAACUUCUGAUCGUUCAUCUGCAGUUGUGCAAAGCUCUCUUGCAGAAACUGGUUUCGCCAAACAUAGCCCGAAUUGUCCAGGAGAGCCUUUUGGAAGAAGUGUCACGGCAGAAACAAGUGCUGGAAACUGCCUCAGAGCUCUGUGUUCUGGAAGUUGGGAGCUUCACCUCUGUUGAAGAGGUUAUUCAUAAGGCGAAAAAGCAGAAGCAGUGUCUGAAAAUCUGGAGUGAAUUCACAGAGCCAGGAAAUAUCUUGUUCUGUUCAGCAGAAAAAUUCCAGAAUCCUCUGAAAUACAUAUUAAUGUUCAAAGUGAAGGAGAAAUAUCCAGGACAUCUAGAAGCAGUGCUGCGAAGGCUGCUGGAGCAGAUCGUCACAUGCAGUGGGUUGCUCCCCUCUGGGAGUCCCCCUGAAGAACUGCUCACCUUAUUCCAGUUUCACAGCUACCUGGAGAAAGAGCGUGUUACCAACCUGGAGAAGCACUUGGCAGAACUCCUCAAAGAAGUGACGCUAAUUGAGGAGCUACAGCGUCCAGGGCGACUUAAGAAAAUCAAGAAACUAAAAGGGAAGCGACUGCGCCAGCUCCAGCCUCUACCCCAAACUUUACGGCUGCUCGGGAUUCUGCAGCUGGAUGACAACCGCCACGUCAGCAAAGCGGCAACGUCCUGUCUCUCUCGGGCGGCAAUGAAUAAGAAUUUCAGGGAGAAGGCUCUGCUUUUUUACACGGAUAUUUUAGCUGAGUGUGAUGCAAAAAUACAGCAAGCGGCAUGUCUGGCUCUCAAAAACCUCAGAGCCAUAGAAAGCAUUGAGCAGAUUGCCUGCCUGUGUCAGUCUGAAACAGAGGACGUACGGAACGCUGCCAGGGAAACAACACUGUCAUUUGGUGAAAAAGGACGACUAGCCUUUGAAAAAAUGGACAGAGUUUGCUGCGAGUUGAGAGGCACUGUAUACCAAGAAGCUGAAAUUGAAAUCACAAUAUUUUAACUAAUGAAAUACUGAAUCUGACCUACAGCCCAGGUGGCUACAGGAGUUGGUUUCCAUUUACCACUAGGUGGUUAAGUUAGCGCACACAGGUAUCUAGUAGAAGAUUGAGUGGCAGCAUCCAUGUGGGACAGCUCUUCCAUUUGGGGGGGGUUAGGACUAAAAAUCACUCAGCAGUUGGAUCAGAAUGCUUCCGACACCGAGCUAAAAUCAUGAAGUAUCACAAGGUGGUGCUAGAAUAAAUCCAUCAGCCCCUCUCAGGCUGUCCUCACCAGGAAGCACAAUAAACCUUGAAACAACUCAGUCUGCAGUGCCCAAAAUAGGAGACAAAGGGUAAGUCUUGACAGGAGAUUUAGUAACAUGUUUAUUUUCACUAAGAAUCCUGACUCAAUUUCACAAACUCAUUCUUCUCCCCCC